AUGAUCAACGCGGUCCUCGUGUUCAACAACAGCGGCCAACCGCGUCUCACCAAAUUCUACACCCAGCUACCGGGACCCCAUCUCUUCCGUUUUGCUGACGUAUCCCCCAAAUCAUUGCAGGACACGACGACGCAACAGUCGCUGCUGUCGCAGAUCUUCACGCUGGUGUCGGCGCGGCCGGCCUCGGCCUGCAAUUUCCUGCCGCUGCCGCCCCUCCUCUCGCAACACUCGACCUCGAAUUCAACCUCGUCGUCGUCGGAUUACAGCGACGCGCCCACCCAGAUCACCUACCGACACUACGCGACGCUCUACUUCAUCCUCAUCAGCACGUCGACCGAGUCGCCACUCGCGCUGCUCGACCUGAUCCAGGUCUUCGUCGAGGCGCUCGACCGCCUCUUCGAGAAUGUGUGUGAGUUGGAUCUGAUCUUUGGCUUUGAGACGCUGCAUGCCGUGCUGGGCGAGAUGGUGGUGGGUGGCGUGGUGGUCGAGACGGGGCUGGAGAGGAUUGUCGAAGGCGUGAGGGCCAGUGAGGGGGGGAUGAAGGGGAAGAGGAGGUCGGUGAAUGAGGGCGCGGGUAUGGCGGCCCGAAUGGAAGUGGGAGCGGGGGUGGGAUGGCGAGGAGUAUGGGUGCGGGCGCAGGCGGGGCGAUGA